AUGGCAGAUAUGAGGUUUCUUGUUGCUUGCCUUGUGCUUUUGGUGCAUUAUUCUUGCGAGGCACUCGCAGUUGGCAACACUACUGUCAAGUGUAGAGUCAAGGAACGACUCUCCCUUCUUUCUCUCAAACGUGGCUUUGUUGAUCCCCGUGGCUGCCUCUCUUCUUGGCGAAGUUCAGAGAACCACACAGAUUGUUGCACAUGGUAUGGCGUUCUCUGUGACAGCCAAACGGGCCAUGUGGAUUCACUCCGUCUUGAUCAGUGUAAUUUGGAAGGUACAAUUUCUCCGUCAUUGGCUGAAUUGCAUCAUUUAAAAUAUUUGGACCUUGGUUUCCAAAAUUUCUCUCCAACUAAAUUCCCAGACUCCAUUCUUUCUUUAAAGAGAUUGCAAAGUCUCGAUCUCUCCUUCACAAAUUUGACAGGAAACAUUCCUUUCAAUUUGGGAUAUUUGUCGCGCUUGCAAAUACUUGACCUUCAGGGAAACCAUCUUGAAGGUGGCAUACCCAAAUCCUUGGCUUUAUGCAACUUAAUAGAUUUGGAUCUAUUUGACAACUCCUUGAGUGGACAAUUAGAUGACUUCGUUGCAUCAUUCGACCACUGUGCCAACAUAUCACUACAGAACUUAGAUUUAUCUUAUAAUCGGUUUACGGGGUCGGUACCUAAUUUCUCACGGUUCUCAUUUUUGGAAAGAUUAUAUCUCUCCAACAAUCAACUCAAUGGAACUGUAAAUGAUGGCAUUGGAUUAUUGUCAAAGCUGCAGUUUUUAGACAUUACCAAUAAUUUCUUGCAUGGUGUCAUAACUGAAACUCAUUUCUCGAGGCUCUCUCAGCUAGAAUCCUUGGGGUUGUCUCUUAACAACUUGGAAUUUAGAAUCAGUCCUGAUUGGAUCCCCCCUUUUCAGUUAGCCGACAUUGAUUUAAGAUCAUGUAAGUUGGGCCCUGGCUUUCCAAAUUGGCUUCGAACGCAGAAGUCGGGUUCCUCAUUAGAUAUUUCAAAUGCUGAAAUUUCUAGUACGAUGCCAAGUUGGUUUUGGGAUUUGUCAUUUAAAUCCAUGAACCUUUCACACAACCAAAUGACUGGAGAAAUACAAAAUUUUCAACUCGGAAAUGGUUCUCUUGCUAUGAAUUUGGAUUUGAGCUCAAAUUUGUUCGAAGGCUCAAUUCCAUCAAAUUUAUCACAUACAGCCUUGGCAUUGUUUCUAUCUGAUAAUAAAUUCACAGAUGCUAGUACUUUCUUAUGUCCGAAUGAGACCGUGGUAUUAGAGAUCCUAGAUCUCUCAAACAAUCAACUAUCAGGAGUGCUUCCAGAUUGUUGGAAAUAUUUUGAAUCAUUAGCCCUUCUUGAUGUUGCAAACAAUAGCCUAUACGGAGAAAUUCCAACAUCAAUGGGUUCAUUGAUAAAUAUACAAUCCUUACAUUUAGGGUUCAAUAAAUUCUCGGGUGAAAUACCUUUGUCUCUGAAUAAAUGCACGGAGCUAGUGGAUUUUGAUGCUGUCGAAAAUGAUUUUAAGGGAUUAGUACCACGCUGGAUUGGAGAUGGGCUUAAGGGGCUAAGCAUCCUCAUUUUGAGAUCCAACAUGUUUUUUGGAAGCUUGCCACUCAAAUCAAACAAAUUUUGA